AGACCCCUCCCCUUCUUAGAUCCUUCCUGCCGGCGCUGAAUGAAAGGCUGGCUUGUGCGCCCUGGGCAGAAAAGGGGAGGACGGGACACUGCCCCAUUCAUUCCCCCACGGAUCCCUCUCCUCCUCCUCUUCCUCCUCCUCCUUCUUCUUGAUUCUCCAGCCAUGGAGCCCCUUCGCCCCGGAGUCUCGCCGCCCCCGACUUUCCUCCUGGCUCUUCUUCUUCUGCUCCUGGCCGCAUCCUCUUCCUCUCCUCCCUCUUCUCAGGCGACGGACAAUCCCAAGGGCAAAGGCAAGGCGCUACUGCGGCAGAGGGAGGUGCUGGACCUGUACAAUGGAAUGUGCAUGCAAGGACCGAUUGGUAUUCCUGGACGGGAUGGCAACCCUGGAGUCAAUGGAAUCCCCGGAACGCCUGGGAUCCCCGGCCGCGAUGGAUUUAAAGGAGAAAAAGGAGAGUGUAUGCGAGAAAGCUUCGAGGAAUCUUGGACACCAAACUAUAAACAGUGUUCAUGGAGUGCCCUGAAUUACGGCAUAGACCUUGGAAAAAUUGCAGAAUGCACAUUUACAAAGAUGCGUACCAACAGUGCCUUGAGAGUCCUCUUCAGCGGAUCACUGCGACUCAAAUGCAAAAAUGCCUGUUGUCAGCGAUGGUAUUUUACGUUUAAUGGAGCCGAAUGCUCUGGGCCACUUCCUAUUGAAGCUAUAAUCUAUUUAGAUCAAGGAAGUCCAGAAUUAAAUUCUACUAUUAACAUACACCGUACCUCUUCAGUGGAAGGAUUGUGCGAAGGAAUCAGUGCUGGCCUGGUGGAUGUUGCUGUUUGGGUUGGCACAUGCUCCGAUUACCCAAGAGGAGAUGCUUCAACUGGAUGGAACUCGGUCUCUCGUAUUAUUAUAGAAGAAUUGCCGAAGUAGAGCCCCUCUUUUACAUGGCUCUUCUUGCCCCAAAUACUUCAGGCCUUAUAUAACUUUCCCCAUCCUCUACAGCCCUUGAAAUCUUGUUUUCUGUAUAUAAAAGCAAGGAUUUCAUUAUAACGCACAAGCAUGAUUAUAGAAAAAGAAUUCAUAUUUCUAUUUUCUUCAUUUUAUAUCUUUUACAAUAUUUUGGAAUAAUUCUGAAGCAGUAAACUGGAUUUAUGUACUGCAUUUGUAUAGAUUCAAACUGUAUGUACACUCAUCAACAAAGGUGCUCUUCUACAAUAAGCCAAAGAAAUACAAUUUAAUUAGCAAACGCAUUUAACCUUUAUUUUUUCCUUCCUCCCAAACGGUGGUAAUUUAUGUUAAAACUCAACACACCUUCAUCUUUUAUGAACCAAACAAGAUUAGCACACCUUUACCAGAAUGCUGUCAGUGCACUACAUAAUUUUUUUCCCAGAAUGAUGAUAAGGGAAGACAUGCAAAAUCUGCUGGCUCUGAGCAUUAUAGUUCUCCAGUGCCUUAUUACCUUCAUGGUGAUUGUGUCAGUAGCCUUUUCCCUCUCAUCACCAUUGCCUGCCCCAAGAGCCCAUUCACACUAUAUUGCACUGAAUCUACUUUAACCGUAGUGGUUCAUCCUCUGAAAUUCUAGGAUUUGUAGCUUGGGGACAGGCAUUUAGAACUCUGUGAGAAAGACCUCUGGUGCUUCACAGAACUGCAAAGCCCAGGAUUCCAUAGUACACCACCACAGUGAAAUCACAGGCAUCCCCCACUAUAGAUUAUAGCUAUGUACCGCUCUUUCAACCACAUUCUGGUUCUUCUUUGUGGUCUCUGUGUUUCCCUCAACUGGGUUUUUCUGUGCAUGCACAGCGCCUCAUCAGAACUCUGUGUGAAUUCACAGAAGAGCAUUGAACCAACAGAUGAUCACACUGUGCUAAUUUUUCAACUGAAAGAUGGAAUUCUAAUGCAAAACAUUAGUUUUAAAUAGACAAAUUCUGAUUGCUUCCUAGAAAAGUAUUGCUUCAGCUGGCAAGCAUGGGAUUCUGAAAAGUGUACGGAACCUUUUAAAAGUAACUUCUGUGGUCAGACAAGCAAUCCCCUAGGUCUGCAUAACUGUCUUUUUGCCUAUUGAGAGAGGGGAUGACUGCUCGCUUAGAAGCUCCACCUGUGUUUGGUGGAUUGUGUGGGAAACUCUUGAUUGAAGCCAAAAAUAAGGGAAAGCCCAAUGAAUCUAGCAGGGAAUGUGCACACCAUCCUAGAUUAUAGUAAAACAGAAGGCAGAAUGCCUCAAGAAUGUACACCACACAUUUUGUUGUAUUUAAAUUUUAUCCUGGUCAUAGGCUCCCUGCCCUUUUUAUUUUAUUUGCCACCUUAUUUGCCUAAUAAUUAUCAUUUUUAUAUCAUGAAAUUUUAUUUACACAUGCCAGUUGAAAAUCUAGACACUUUGAGGUCAUGUGUAUCAAGGGAAUCGGAGGAGGCAAUGUGCUUUCAAGGCAAAAAUGCACACAUUUCUCUCUGUCCCCAUUUUAAAAGAACACUGGACCAAUAGGAUGAUUCCCUGUUAAAAAGAAUCACCAGUGUAAUUGUAAAAUCAAAUGAUCGACUGCCGAAGUGAUAGAUCCAUUGUAAAUUGUGAAAAAGGCCGUCUGUACAUCUAUUCUUACACAUAGUCUUCAUAGAAAGUUUCAGAAAUCUCCAGAAAGCAAUGCAAAGAAAAUAUGUACACCUUAACAUACAGUUAAUUUUCAUGGAGUAUUUACAGGCUCUGAAAACCUGUUUUUCUGGCGAUCUUUACAACCCAAUUUUACCAAAACAAAUUUUUGAUAACAUAUUUUAAACCAUGCAAUACAUUAAAUGGAAUCAAAUCAAAUAAUAUUAGAUAUAGGAAAAUUCAUACACAGAGAUUUCAGUAUUUCAAUUAUUCUGUAGGAUGUUAAACUUUAAACAAAAGCAUCUUACCAUCAGUAUGCACAGGCUAUACAGCAGUUCACAAAAGCUUGUACAAGCCAAAUAGUUGUGCCUCCCUCCAUUGAACAGCUGACCUGAAUUCCAUCACAAAUUGCUUUAGAAUUUGAACACUGCUCUAAAACUAUAUCUUUAUGAGGAAGGUGUAAUGCAUACAUUUUAAAAAUAAGUUUUCCGAAACUUAAAAAGCCAUUUGCAUGGGGGAGGAUGUAAGAAUGUACACAGUCAAGGUCCAUAUUUUUCAGUUAUUUUUAGCUUGAAUAUAACUUGCUUGGGUAAGUUGCGAUUACUAUCUUAGAACAGACAACUUACUCUAGGCGAUAUUCUGUUUCUAAUGAGAUCCUAUGACCUAUCAGUGUAUUUUAGGAUUUUUAGCUUCCAGGUAAAAUUUAAACCAUUAAAAUAGUUUAAAUAAUGGGAACCAAAACGACCAUCAGUCAAAAUUUAGUACUACACUGGACCGCAAUCCAAUGCCAGGGUAAAGUAUGCUUGAAUUGCCUUUUCCAUGUGGCUUUCUCUGUGUUAAUGUUCCAGUAAGCUUCUUCUGUGGAAGGCAGAUGAGGCUCUUUGAUGAAACAAAUUUACGGCUUAUUUUCCACUAUGGAGUUUCUUUUCUGUGUGUGUAUGCCCAGCUUAUUUUUAUAUCAUUCCGUUAUUGUUGUAUUUUUAUAUUGCACUUGUUCUGAAUACUGGAGCCAAAUUGGAAAGAUGAGACAUUUAAUCAUUGAAAUAAAAAUUAAAAUGCAUGUCUUA